UGUCACUCCAACAGAGUAAUCAUGAGUAGUUGAUUAGAUUAAUGGUAACCAAUGGAAUCUUCACCGAAGCACACAGUCACUAAAGAAAAGGACUUGAGACCUUGCGUUGAUCAAGAAAAGCAGAAGAUCAAAAGGAAAAUGGAGAUUCAAGCAAGACUAAAGGAAUACAAACUCCACUUCAUGGUAGCAAUCAUCGUAAGCCUGCUCGUGUCCUCCCUCGUGUACUUAGCACCCAGGAUUCUCGACAUAUUAUCUUAUUUCUGGCCUCUGUUUGCAUCAACGGCCGCCUUCUUGGCGGUGGCAAUCACCUGUGGUGGCUUUCAACAGCUUUCAGAAGAAUCUACCGGCGAGGGAAUCAUGGAAUACGUCGCCGGACGGCCUGAAGAUUCUCACAAGUACGAUUGAAAGAUUUGUAUCCAACGUCUCCAUCUUUUAAAGAGCUUUACAAAUGUACA